AUGGCCCCCAGACCCAUCACAGCCGAAGAGCUAGAGCGCCACAUGCUCGAGCAGCCCAACUGUCCUAACCACGUCCGGGGCCCACAACCCAACACUUCGACCCAAUACGAAGAUCCUCGCUGGGCGGGGACCUAUAUUCCAACUGGAGCUGGAGCUGUAACCCAGCAGGAGAGGGGUCCGGGUCGCGCUGAGAACUUCCACGUCCCAGGUGUAAGUGACGAGGCGGUUGAGGACGCGUAUCGAUCCUGCUACGGGAGUAGAAGGCUUGCCUCGGUGGAGCAGCAACAGCCUGGGCCUGAUACGUUGCCGAUUGAGGUCCUUGGGUAUAUUGCUAGACUCCCUGGGAAUGGGGUCACUUGGGUGCCGUGGUAG